UCGCCCACACACUUGUACCCCGGCCUGGUGUGGGCCUGGUGGGUGUGGGAGACAUUACGAGAUUCCUGUGGACUCCACCCAGCCGCCUGCUCUGUUCCGGGAAACGUUCUGGUCCAGGACAGGGCCCACGACCUGUUCGCUUUCACACGACACGCAGGGGAAGGAAAGGACGACAACGUUUGGGAAUCCAGCAGACAUCGUCGAUAACAAGACUCGGCAACAUGUCCAGAUCAGACUACCCUCCAGGGUACGAUGAAGCCCACGGCCCGAUGUACGCACCCCAGGGCGGAAAUUACCCGGCGGCCCCUGCAUACGGCUUCCCGGCAUAUGGCGGACCUCCACCAGGACAGCCUGUGGCUCCCUACCCCACCGGUUCAAACGCUCCUUUGUUCUCCGGCCAACCGGGGAACUAUCCUCCGGGGAACUAUCCUCCGGGUAACUAUCCUCAGGGGAACUAUCCUCAGGGGAACUAUCCUCCGGGCUCGUACCCUCCCGGGCCUCAAGGAGCCGGCUAUCCUAGCCAGCCCCCGAUGCCCCCCAUCAUGCCGAUUACCAUGCCAUCAGAUGUCAUGAGCUCUGAUGACGAGCAUGAGUUUGCGGCCAGGGGAGCCGACUGGGACGAUGUGAGCAUUCGCCACGCCUUCAUCAGAAAGGUGUAUAUGAUUCUGGCAUCCCAGCUCCUGUUCACUACCGCCAUCGUGGCCGUGUUCACCUUUGUCGAACCCGUCCGAUAUUUUGUACAGCGCAACCAAGCAAUCUACUGGGCGUCAUAUGGUGUGUACUUCGUCACCCACCUCGUGCUGGUGUGCUGCAAGGGCCCACGGAGGAAGUUUCCAUGGAACUUGAUACUACUGUUCAUCUUUACCCUGGCUCUGUCCUACAUGACUGGCUCCAUAUCCAGUUUCUAUGACACAAAGGCUGUGUUUCUGGCUCUGGCCAUCACUGCUGUCGUCUGCAUCGCCGUCACUGUCUUCUGCUUUCAAACUAAGGUGGACUUCACCAAGUGUCGGGGCUUCUUCUGUGUCCUGGGGAUUGUGGUCUUCGUGACGGGCAUCAUUUCAGUCAUCGUGCUGUCCUUCAAAUACAUCUACUGGCUCCACAUGCUGUACGCCGCCAUAGGAGCCAUCGCUUUCACCCUGUUCUUGGCGUACCACACGCAGCUCCUGAUCGGCAACCGGAAGUACUCCAUCAGUCCGGAGGAGUACGUGUUCGGCGCGCUCUCCCUCUACGUGGACAUCGUCCAGAUCUUCCUCUUCCUGCUGCAGAUUAUCGGUUCCAGCAAGUAAAAAAAAAGCCUGUGGGUAAUAUAAUCUCAUGUCAUGUCAUGUAUUGUCAUGUCAUGUAUUGUCAUGCCAUGCCAUGCCA